AUGCGGCCAUCCAUCAUAAGUAGCUCGUCAGGGGAACCCAUUGAGGCAGCAGCAGCCAUUGAAUUGUCUCGCCAGACAAGCGCUAUGGCUAAACCCAGCACACAGAGAGAUAGCCAGCAGCAGCAGCAGCAGGCCAUGGAGAACGGCGAGGGGGCGUACGCGCAGGACGGCUCCGUCGACCUCCGCGGCAACCCCCUCCUCCGCUCCAAGCGCGGCGGCUGGACCGCCUGCGCCUUCAUCGUCGUGUACGAGCUUUUCGAGAGGAUGGCGUACUACGGCAUCGCGUCCAACCUGGUGAUGUACAUGACCAACAGGCUGCACCAGGGGACGGUGGAGGCGUCCAACAACGUCACCAACUGGUCCGGCACCGUCUUCCUCACGCCGCUCAUCGGCGCCGUCGUCGCCGACGCCUACCUCGGCCGCUACUGGACCUUCGUCGCCGGCUCCGCCAUCUACCUCAUGGGCAUGAUCCUGCUGACGCUGUCAGUCACCGUGCCGGCGCUGAAACCGCCGGCGUGCGACGGCGCCACCUGCCCGCGCGCCUCCGCGCUGCAGCUGGGCGUCUACUUCGGCGGGCUGUACACCAUCGCGCUGGGCCACGGCGGUACCAAGCCCAACAUCUCCACCAUCGGCGCCGACCAGUUCGACGACUUCGACCCGGCGGAGAAGCUGCACAAGCUCUCCUUCUUCAACUGGUGGAUGUUCACCAUCUUCCUGGGCAUCCUCUUCUCCAGCACCGUCCUCGUCUACCUCCAGGACAACGUCAGCUGGACGGUCGGCUACGGCAUCCCCACGCUGGGGCUACUGGUCCCCGUCGCCAUCUUCCUUGCUGGCACGCCGCUGUACCGCCACAAGGCGCCACAGGGCAGUCCGUUCACGAGCAUGGGAAGGGUUGUCGCGGCGGCCGUGUGGAAGCGCGGCAUGGCGCUGCCCGACGACGCCAAGGAGCUCCACGAGCUAGAGCUGGAGCACUACACGAGCAGGAGGAGGUUCCGCAUGGACGCCACCGACUCCAUGAGGUUCCUCAACAAGGCGGCGGUCAAGGUAAAUCCCGGGGACGCCAACGGCGGGUCGGCGCCGGCCCGGCUUCCCCCGUGGACUCUGUGCACGGUGACGCAUGUGGAGGAGACGAAGCAGAUCGCUAAGCUUGUGCCGCUGCUGUUCACCUUGGUCGUCCCGUGCACGCUCGUCGCGCAGGCGAACACGCUCUUCGUCAAGCAGGGCGCGACGCUGGACCGGCGCCUGGGCGCGUUCCUGGUGCCCCCGGCGAGCCUCGGCGCGUUCAUCACGCUUACCAUGCUCAUCUGCGUCGCGCUCUACGACCGCGUCUUCGUGCCCGCCGUCCGGAGGCGCACCAAGAACCCGAGGGGGAUCACGCUGCUUCAGCGGAUCGGGGCCGGGAUGCUGCUCCAGGUGGUGACCAUGGUGGUCACGGCAGGGAUCGAGAACCGGAGGCUGAGCUUCGUGAGGGGCCAUGGACCUGACGCCGCUGGCGUGCUUCCCCUGACCAUCUUCGUGCUGCUGCCGCAGUUCGUGCUCUUGGGCGCCGCCGACGCGCUCCUGGUAGUGGGGCAGGUGGAGUUCUUCUAUGACCAGGCGCCGGAGAGCAUGAAGAGCCUUGGCACGGCGCUGUCCCUCGUAGCCUAUGGCGCCGGAAACGUGCUCAGCAGCGCCAUCCUCUCCCUGGUCGGGCGUGUUACUGCGAAGAGGGAGAGCCCGUGGGUGACCAACAAUCUCAAUGCCUCGCGGCUCGACUACUACUACGCGCUCCUCACCGUGCUCGCCGCGGUGAACUUGUCGGUGUUCCUUGCGCUGAGCGGAAGGUACAAGUACCGAUCGGAGUCGAGGGAGACGAUUGAUGUCGACGUGCAGGGCGGCCCGGUUAGGCUUCAUUCAGAGCCAGCGCCAGUGGCAUGA